AUGAGGGGGGAGCUGGCCCUCGUCAGCCUGGCCUUCCUGUCGCUGGUGCUGCCGGCUGGCGCUCAGCAGACGGCGGAUGAUGCCUGCUCAGUGCAGAUCCUGGUCCCCGGCCUCAAAGGGGACGCCGGGGAGAAGGGCGACAAGGGCGCGCCCGGGCGGCCUGGGCGAGUGGGCCCCACGGGAGAGAAAGGGGGUGUGGGGGACAAGGGGCAGAAGGGCAGUGUGGGCCGCCACGGGAAGAUCGGUCCCAUCGGCUCUAAAGGUGAAAAGGGGGACUCCGGCGACGCGGGGCCCCCGGGACCCAGCGGAGAACCAGGUGUGCCCUGUGAGUGCAGCCAGCUGAGGAAGGCCAUCGGGGAGGUGGACAACCAGGUCACCCAGCUGACCUCGGAGCUGAAGUUCAUAAAGCAUGCGGUGGCCGGCGUGCGGGAGACGGAGGCCAAGCUGUACCUGCUGGUCAAGGAGGAGCGGGCCUACCUGGACGCCCAGCGGGCCUGCCAGGGGCGCGGGGGGGUGCUGGCCAUGCCCCGGGACGAGGCCACCAACGGGCUGCUGGCCGCCUACGUGGCGCAGGCCGGCCUGGCCCGGGUCUUCAUCGGCAUCAGCGACCUGGACCGCGAGGGCACCUUCCUGUACGCCGACGGCUCGCCCAUGCAGACCUUCCAGCGCUGGCGCGGCGGCGAGCCCAACAACGCCCGCGACGGCGAGGACUGCGUGGAGAUGGAGGCCUCGGGCGGCUGGAACGACGUGGCCUGCCACCUGCCCAUGCACUUCCUGUGCGAGUUCGACAAGGAGCACGUGUGA